AUGUCUGCCCUUCAAAAAGAUCCCGAGUUCAACGGGAGUUCGGAAGAGAAAGACCAAGAAGUUCGCAUCGAACGGACAGAAAGCCUCGAUGGUCUGCCAGAUCCUGAUGCUGGGAAAAGUGACGCGGAGCGGAAGAGGAUCGAUCGUGCGUUGAUGUGGAAAGUCGACCUGUGGUUAAUUCCAUGGCUUUGUCUCCUCUACUUGCUGUCCUUCCUGGACAGGACGAAUAUCGGCAAUGCUCGACUCGCAGGGAUGGAAGACGACUUGUCUAUGGCCGGGCAUGACUAUAAUAAUGCAUUGACCAUUUUCUUUAUCAGCUACGCUCUCGCCGAGCCCAUCACGAACGUCCUCCUCAAACGAUUGACGCCCAGAAUCUUCUUCACGGGAAUUAUACUUCUCUGGGGUCUGAUUAUGACACUCAUGGGCGUCGUGCACAACUACGAUGGCCUCCUCGCAUGCCGAUGGUUCCUCGGCCUCGCCGAGGCGGGUCUCUUCCCGGGGGUCAACUACUACUUGUCCUGCUGGUAUAAACGCAGCGAACUCGGUGUCCGAGCCGCCACCUUCUUCUCUGCUGCCGCAUUGGCCGGUUCCUUCGGAGGCUUAUUGGCCGCCGCCAUUGCCCAGAUGGAUGGUGUCGGUGGAAAACCCGGUUGGUCCUGGAUCUUUAUCAUUGAAGGUUUGGCCACCAUGUUUGUCGGCCUGUUUUGCUGGUGGAUGGUAUUCGACUGGCCGGACACUGCUCGAUUUCUGACGCCUGAGGAUCGCAUUCGAAUUCGACGAAGACUCGCGAGCGACAAACAAUCCAGUACGGCCGAAGAGUACGAUAAAAGGCACAUCUAUGCCGCGCUAAAGGAUUGGAAAACGUGGGGGUAUGCAUUUAUAUACAUGGGCUGCCUGUGCCCUCUUUAUGCAUUUUCUCUCUUCUUGCCGACGAUUCUCCGGGGGAUGGGUUACCAGGGAACUCGGGCACAACUUCUCUCGGUCCCACCGUAUGCGGUUGCGGCCGCUAUGACGAUUUUCAUCGGCUGGGUCGCCGAUCGGACUCGAUGGAGAGGUUACUGCAACAUGGCGGUGGUGAGCAGUGCGAUCGUCGGAUUCAUCAUGCUUCUGUCGACAGAAGACCCUCACGUACAGUAUGCCGGCACGUUCCUGGGUGCAAUGGGAAUCUAUCCAACGAUUGCCAAUACCCUGUCCUGGGCCGCUAAUAAUGUUGAGGGUGUCUACAAACGAGGUGUCACUAUUGGAAUUGUCGUUGGAUGGGGCAACCUCAAUGGCGUCGUGAGUUCGAAUAUUUACAUCUCAAGCGAGGCGCCGAGGUUUUGGACCGGCCAUGGCACGGUCCUAGCAUAUUUGGUCAUUUGUCUAAUGGGUGGGACGAUCUUUAUGCAUGUCAUGUUGAGAAUGGAGAACGCCAAACGAAAGAGCGGGAAACGAGACCGAAUGCAUGAGGGAAAGACUGCUGAGCAAAUUUGGGUUGCCGGCGACAACAGGCCAGAUUUUAUUUACACCUUGUAA